CUAACGUGUUUGGAACAAACUCCAGAUCGAAGGAGAGGAGUGGAGUGUCGAGGAGGUGUGGUCAAGAAAAAGAAGAAUCUCCUGAACCCUGUGUGGAGAACUCCAUACUCUGUCUCUAAACUCUAUAACACCGAAACUAUCAUUUAUUUUAAUCUCUCACUAAAUGAACUGGGUCCUUAUGCAAUCAACUAUUCCCGAAGUGGGAGGUACCUUCUUCUCGGAGGUCAAAAAGGUCACCUUGCUUCUUUUGAUUGGCGCUAUACGAAGUUAGACUGUGAAGUGCAAGUUCGACAAACUACACUACAUUUGGGACAUCACAAUGGAACUGUUACACUAUGGACACCUAACAUGAAGAAACAGCUAUUUGGCAAGAUGUUUUCACUAAUCCUGAUCGACGUCCUCCUUAUCUCAAAUUAUCAUCUAUCAGGACAGCUGCAUCAAUUGCAGUUCUGUCCUUAUGAAGAUUGUCUAGGAAUAGGACAUAGCAAAGGUUUUACAAGUAUUAUCACACCAGGUGCUGGGGAGCCCAACAUUGAUGCACUAGAAGUUAACCCUUAUCAAACUAAAAGGCAGAGACAAGAGUGGGAAGUCAAAAGUCUUUUGGAAAACGAUACCAGCUGA